AGCAAAGAUUAUGAACCCCAUUAAACCACACCCAAUAAUAUAUAUACCCAAUCUGACAUGCUUAUUCUGCCCAUAUGUCCACAAAACAUGGCACUUUUGCAACAAAAACUAGGCUUCUCAUAUCUACUAAUCCUUUGCUUAGCCACUCUUGUUUCUUCACACAGGCCUUAUACAACUCCAAGUGUCACACGCUUGACUGAUUCUUUUCCUCGUGUCCAAGUUGAUAGUGCUUUUUCUAAGACCUUUGGGGCCAAAAAUAUCCAGUUUCUUAGUAAUGGGUCCACGGUCACACUGGCUCUUGACAAAAUCUCAGGCUCAGGCUUGGUAUCACAAAGCAGAUACUCCUAUGGAUUCUUCAGUGCUGCAAUCAAACUACCUUCUGGUUUGUCACCUGGAGUUGUUGUUGCUUUUUAUUUGUCUAAUUCAGAUAAAUUUCCUCACAACCAUGAUGAGAUAGACAUUGAACUGCUUGGUCAUGAUAAGAGAAAUGACUGGGUUAUUCAAACAAAUAUCUAUGCCAAUGGAAGUGUCAGCACAGGGAGAGAAGAGAAAUUCUAUUUCUGGUUCGACCCAACACAGCAGUACCAUUAUUACAGCAUCUUGUGGAACAGUUAUCACACAGUGUUCUUAGUGGACAAUAUUCCUGUGAGAGAAUUCAUACACAGCAACACAUACCCUUCUAUUUAUCCAUCAAAGCCAAUGUCAGUGUAUGCCACAAUAUGGGAUGGUUCAGAAUGGGCUACUCAUGGUGGCAAAUACCCUGUUAACUAUAAGUAUGCACCAUUUGUUGUUUCAUUUGCACAAAUAGAAUUGAGUGGCUGCAUUUCUGACCCCACAGCACCAGUUUCUUCAUGUUCUAAGGCCAGUUCUUCAGGCCUAGACCCAGUUAAUGGACCAGAAUUUACUAAGCUAUCACAGCAGCAGAUAGCAGCUAUGGAUUGGGCAAGAAGGAAGCUCAUGUUUUACUCUUACUGCAACGACAGAUCCAGAUUCAAAGUCAUGCCACCAGAAUGCCAUUGAUUUAAAUUAAUUUGAGAAAAAAUACGAAAAGGGAAUUCCUGAAAUUGCAUUUAUUAAUUAUCAUGAAGGAAGCAAUAGUCAUACUUUAUAUAAAUUAAUACCACUUUUCGAUUUAAUCCCUUCAUGGUAAAGAUUUUUUAGAAAUUCUCCUUUUCAUGAAUUUUUCUGUUGAAUAUUAAUCUUUACUUUUUUUAAAGUAUAUUUUUUCUCAACAGUGGGGAAUAAUUACAAUGUUGUAACUUCAAUUCUUUGGCUCAAUAAUUGCACGAAAGUGUCAGAAAGAGCACUGGAACAGAAAAUGGACAAAAUAAUACGUUCUAAUUAGUACUUUAGUCUGGUGUCUUCGUAUAUUGUUAGCAUUUAACUAGACAUAGGGCAUCGAAUUACAAAUUCAAAUGCCAUUCAGCGGCAUUAUUUGAAAUUUGAUCUUACCACUGUUGAGCGCAUGGAACAAAUGAUGUGAGAUUAUUUUUGGAUCUCGAAUUCGAGUUUUAAUAUGCAAAAUUGCCUUACAUAUUUGAAAGGAGAUUGAACUUUGUUGUUUGUUGUGAUCCUACUAGGCUAGAGCAGUAUAGUCUCAAGAGAUAAAUAAUUGAUCUUACCCUAGUGAGGUCCAUUGUGAUCGUAGUCCAAGUAUUAGCCCCAAAAGCCAAGAAAACAUUAUUGUGGCUAUGACAAACAUGUGGGUUGUGAACCUAUGACUAAUUGAGAAAACAUCGUAGAUGUAAGUUGUUGCGUCUCAAA